AUGUUAAGUUGUAUGAUACGUGUAAGUUUGAGUUUGAUUUGUAUUCAUUAUCAUCAAAAAUUAGAUUUAAAAAAAUCUGCCACAACUUAUGAGACACCCUGUAUAACUUUUCUAAGUGAUAUUGAUGAUACAAUAAAAUUUACAGAUGUUUCAUCAUUACUAAAAAUAUUUCGGAAUACUUUCUCUGGUAAUUUUAAACCUAUUUCUGGUAUGUCCGAUAUAUAUCGAUAUUGGCUAAACAAAUAUAACGCAACAUUUGCAUAUGUAACAGCAUUACCAGAUCAACUUUAUCCAUCUUUCCGUAAAUUUUUCAAUCGUGAAAAAUUUCCCCCAGGUUCGUUUCAUAUGAGUCAUUUUGCAGGGUUUGAUAACAAUAUCAUUGCAUUUUACCUGUCUGAUACAUAUCGUAAAUAUAAAACUCAAAUAAUAUCUAUGCUUCUAAAUAAUACAUCAAAACGUAUAUUUAUUUUACUUGGUGAUAUAUUUCAGAAAGAUCCUGAGAUAUAUGCAAGUAUUUAUAUGGAAUAUCCUAAUCGAAUAGCAAAAAUUUUUAUUCGAAAAUAUAAAAAUGAUAUCGAAGGUCAACAACGUUUAGAACGAGUAUUCAAUAAUAUAUCUCGAGAAAAAUGGGCAACAUUUGAAACAGGUAGUGAUUUACCAGAGGAUAUUUUUGUUGCUUGA